AUGCUAGUCCAUGGGAAUGAAAACUUCCUCUAUGAUGUGGUCUACAUUAUCUUGGAACUGGUCAUUGCUGUGCUGGCGAUCUUGGGCAACGUCCUGGUCUGCUGGGCCGUCUAUUUGAACAGUAACCUUCAAAACGUCACAAACUACUUUGUGGUGUCCCUGGCGGUGGCUGACAUAGCGGUGGGUUUGCUGGCCAUUCCCUUUGCCAUCACUAUCAGCACUGGCUUCUGUGCUUCCUUCUAUGGCUGCCUCUUCAUCGCCUGCUUCGUCCUGGUUCUGACGCAGAGUUCCAUCUUCAGCCUCCUGGCAAUCGCCAUGGAUCGGAUUAUUGCUAUCCGGAUACCUCUCAGGUACAACGCUUUGGUGACCAGCUCACGGGCGAAAGGCAUCGUAGCCAUCUGCUGGGUCUUAUCCUUCAUCAUUGGCCUGACACCCAUGCUGGGCUGGCACAAAUGCUCCUCGGAAAGCAAAGGGCAGAACAGCUCACUCGUCAGCAGCUGCAGCAAUAACAGGGUGGCUUGCUUGUUUGAGUCGGUUGUCACCAUGGAGUACAUGGUUUACUACAAUUUCUUUGCCUGCGUGCUCGUCCCCCUCCUCCUCAUGUUUGGCAUCUACCUGAAAAUCUUUAUGGCAGCCCGGCGGCAGCUCAAACAGAUGGAGAACAACAUGGUUCACGGAGAACGGUCCCGCUCCAUCUUGCAGAAGGAGGUCCACGCGGCCAAGUCUUUGGCUAUCAUUGUCGGCUUGUUUGCUGUCUGCUGGCUUCCUUUACAUAUCCUCAACUGCUUCACCAUCUUCUGUCCACUCUGUGUGCGUGCUCCACCCUGGGUAAUGUACUUAGCCAUCAUCUUGUCCCAUGCUAACUCUGUGGUGAACCCGCUGAUCUAUGCAUACAGGAUCAGGGAGUUCCGGCACACCUUCCGUAAAAUCAUUGGGCAGCACAUAAUGGGCAAGAAGGAGCAGUUCAAGCCUGCCACUGCCAGCCGGAGGACUUCCAUUCAUGAUGGAGAUGCUGAGCAUUCCAGCAUACGGAUUAGCAUGCGUGCUCAGAACUUCUACACCAGCGGGGACUCGGACAGCGUCCACACUGAGAGCGAUUUGGGGAAAAAUGUGGCCCUGGAGUGGCACCAGAACGGAAAUGCGUUGGAUGGGGAAGCAAACGGACAUAUCCCACAUUCCUGCAACAACGGGGACCUCUUAAACGGCCCCAGCAAAAUAGAGCUGCUCAGCAAAGAGUACGUCGGGGUUGACGUUUCCUGA